CCACAACACCGCAUCACGUUCUCCCAGAUAAAUCCAUGCAACAUGAUUAAUAAUAGUUCCCAAGGUAUAUAAUCCUGAUUAUCAUCAGCCGUGGACAUGGAACCGCACGGUGGAAUAGUGCGCAACCCUUAUCGGAGCCGUUUGAGAGCCAAAGAGGAGGGGAAUGAAAUAUGAGUGAUUUUUUUCUAUGCACAAAGGGAGUGGUAUAAUUUCGAGAUUGAGAACGAAACCAAUGCUGGGAAAAGGCCUCAGUCGUCUAAUAGACGCUGCUGUGGAUAGAUAUAGUCUCCAGGAGAUUCUGCCUUCCCACUCCAGCCCUCACCAUGGUGGUCUCCGAUGAUAUUUUGCGCUGAAAAUUACAAAACUGCAGCAUCCUCUUUGGGGAAACUUUUCAACAUACAGGAGCAGAGAGGCAGCGCGCGCACGCAGUGUCAUUUAACAGAAAGAGGCUUUAGGAGAGAGAAAAACUUCUGCUGAGAAUCCUUCCACUCGUGCCAAAUUGGACCACCGGAAGAUGCACGUUACGAGAGGGUGAUCCAACAGAAUUAAAAUGCAUUUUUUAAGGAGUGCUCUUAACGCGUUCCUAAUUAAAGACAUGCCGGGGUAAUCCACAUGGGACAGCUCCUUACGUCUGCAACUGACAAUUAAAAAGUGGGGAACCCAUGCCGGAUGAUCUGAAGCAACUUUACGCACCGGAGGGGGAAAAUAAAUAAAUAAAAAGCUGCGGACUUUCGUCAAUUUCCACCCACUUCGAGACAACACGAUCAACAGAUGACCAGGGCUGCCUUUAAAGAUAUAAAAGAGACUCGCGCUCCUUGUGUCAUGGUGCGCUAGAGCCUGUGGAAGUACCUUUGGAGAGGCGACGACAGCGGAGUCUAUUUGAUGUGCUUUGCGUUAUCGUUAUCAAUCUAUAAACACACGGGAACGCCGCCGAACAAGUGUAAACUUAACUCUGCAUUGAAGAGAAACAGGGCUACAGUAAGACUGGACGUCGGGCAGAAGGGCUCUCUUUGCCCACCUUUCAGCAUGAGUGCAGUGCGCCCACCUGUCUUCAUAGGGCUCCUACUGCUGAUCCUCACCACCGGCUACUGCAAACCGAGAGACAGGGACGAAACCAGUCUGCUGGAGCUCUUAAUGGACAGAGUGAGACAGACACAGGAGCAUCACAGUGAGGGAAACACACAGCAUCCUCCUCAGAUCAUCGAGCAUUCGUUGGAAACAAAAGACGUUAAUAAAGUCACAAAGUCAUAUCAACAUGAACGCAUUCUUGAGGUCUUUCCGAGAGAUCUUCGACAGAAGGAUAAGUUUUUAAAACAUUUAACAGGGCCGCUUUAUUUCAGCCCCAAAUGCAGCAAACUCUUUUAUAAACUCUAUAAUAAUACCAGGGACUGCACAAUACCUGCCUAUUAUAAAAGAUGUGCCCGCCUUCUUACGAGACUAGCAGGGAGUCAGCGGUGCACAGAGGGAUAGAUGUCACAGAUUUCAACAGACCUGAAGAAAUAAAGAGAACCAAGAAAAGUGCCUUGGAGAAAAACAGGGAAAUGAAAUUAUUUCUGAACAAUCAUAUUUAUCAUGUGAAAAAAGCUAUUUUUGCAAUGAAAUGGAACUCGUCUUUUGACCUUUCUCUUCUCACAUACUGCUUGUCAGUCUUGUGGGUUGACAAAACUGAUGUUAGAAUCACGUUUACUGGCAAUGAUCAUGGUGAAAAUGAAGAAGACAAAAACAAAGCGAUAAAAAUGUCCUGCUGCCAAACGUUCAACUCUGGGUGUCACAUUCGACUGCAUAUACGUUAUAUACGUUGAAUUUGCCUUCACAGGUGGUGUGUCCAGUAGUUUCUGGUUAGGAAAUAACUUCGUUGUUUUGCAGAUGUUCAAAGGUGUUUACUGGCUGAAUGCAGCCUUUGGUCCAAUAUUCCUGACAACCUCAAAGUCACAUUCCUCAAAGCCAGAGCUAAAUCCUUUGAUUGAAUUAUGAAUUGCAUGAUAUUUUCUUGCCUUUUUUGUCUUUACAAGACAUGUCUUGGCAGAGAUGAACGCUACUGGUUGGAGUUUAUUCUGUGAAAAAAAUUUAUUGCAUUUUGCUAAUAUUGAAUGUCCUAUGUUAUAUAUUUAUACAUUCAAGCUAUUAAAUAUUGCUAUUGUCAAAUGUAUAAACA